UGCGGCUGCGCGGGCCUCUCAUCCCUCUCAAGAGCCUCUCGCUCGGCAUUUUACCAAUGUCUGUCACGCGAGACCCUUUCCAGCACCCUACGUUGGAUAACGAUGACUCCUACUUGGGAAAACCGCUGGCUUCCAAGAAACUACCAUAUAAGAACCCAACUCACCUUGCUCAACAGCAGGACCCCUGGCGUCGGCUCAACUCAACACCUACAAUCACCUCCAUGAGGCGGGAUGCUAAUUUUUUUGAUCCUGAGAUACCCAAGGAUGACUUGGAUUUCCGCUUAUCAGCCUUGUACAACCACUACACGGGGACAUUCAAGAACAAAAGUGAGAUACUGGUACACCAGGAGACCAUCCAGGAUACCCAUGGAAUCAAGAUCCAAUUCCCUGGAGAACUUUUACCCCCUCCCCAACUACCCCCCAUCACUUCCCGAGCUAACAUCAGACACUGGAUCAACCCUAAGAAGGAGUCUAUCCACAGCAUCCAGGGAUCCAUAGUGUCCCCUCACACCGCAGCCACCAAUGGAGGCUAUUCUCGAAAGAAUGAUGGUGGCUUCUUCUCCACCUAAGUGUUGACAGGCCCCUGGACUCACAAACCAUAGUGGAACAUCUUGCCACCCACCUCCAUUAAAUAGACUUGUGUAAGAUGAA